GUCCACAAUGAUCUAAAAUUUUGACGAGAUAGUUAUACAGAACAAAGGUGCUACUAGGUGUGACUUAUACUGCACAAAAUAUGGUGAAUAGCUAAAGCUGUUACCCGUUGAACACUGAAUGUCUUUGACAUUUCAGCUUUCUGAAAGAUGUGGGCCUUUUGAUUAUUAAAAGUGUCAUCUUUGAGUCGUCAUGGAGGUGUUGUAUGUUUGGCAGUUGUCCAUUCCUCUUCCAGCAGUGCUCAUGAUUACCGUGAGCCUUUACGUGGUCAUUGUGGCGACGGUGCUGGGGCUCCGACACUGCCUCAAGGAUAAAUGCUCUGUAGGGUGUGGUGAUUGCUGUCCAAACCUUUCUCCAUGUGAGCAGUGCUUUAAGUUUGCUCAGGUGUGUGACUUUGGCCCACCAUCUUUGCAGCCGUGUCUGUGCGCAAACUGUCCAACCUUUUCUUUCCCCACUUGGGAUGCUGCCUGUACCUGCCCAUCUCCAGACUGUGAUUCAUGUGACUGUUUCUGCUUCGAGAUCAGAAUCAGAUAGGAUAUCUGGGAGGACAUCUGGAGAAUGGAGGGACAGUACUAUCAGUUCUUUGGUGCUACAGUGACUCCUGCUGACCUGCAGUCUUUGAGAUUCAUUACGACUGCUCAUCUUGUUGGCCUUUAUCUCUGAACAAAACACACAAUCAAAUCGUCAGGUCCACGAGUAAUUGGAUUAUGACAGAAUUUUUGUAAUUUUGCCUCUGUACACCCAUGGAAUGGAGUUGAAAUUAAACAGUUAAUAUUGUUACUUAUAUUUAAUUCAAGGGGUUUUGCAAACAGUGUUGCCACAGUUACUUUGAAAAAGUAACUUAGUUACUUUACUGAUUACUCAAUUGUAAAAGUAACU